ACACACACACACUGAUAGAAGGGGGUAUAGAAAGUUUUGGUCAACGAAUAAAGAUUACUACAAUUUAAUUACUGCAAUUUUCUGUUAAUGUGUCAAUUGCAUAGAGAUUACUACAAUUUUAUACUGCCUAGAAUCACCCUUCUAACUAUUAUAUAAACAACCAGGGUACCAACAAGUCUCACACACACAAACACAAAAGAAGAUAAUCAUGGUGAGGUCCAGGGUGAAGUUAUCACUCAUACCUGACAAAACAUCAAGGAGAACAACGUUCAAGAAGAGGAAGGGAGGGAUUAUGAAGAAACUCCACGAGCUUGUGACUCUCUGCGGCGUCGAAGCAUGUGCGGUCGUCUACAACGGUCCAAACGAUGCGAACCCGGAGGCUUGGCCGUCAAGGGAAGGUGCUGAAGAGGUGAUUUCCAAGUUUAUGGGGUUCCCGAGGGUGGAACGGGAGAAAAAGAUGUACGACCAAGAGAGGUAUACGGGGGAGAGGAUCAUGAAAGAAGAAGCGACGCUCGAGAGGGUGAAAGACGAGAACCGAGAGCUCGAACUUAAAGAGAUUAUGUUCGAUCUUCUCAAAGGGAAGAGGAUGAUGGAGCAUCAUUUUAGUGAUGCACGUGUUGUUAAUGAAUUGUGUGAAUUCAUUGACUAUAAUGUGAGUGAGAUAACUAAGAGGAUCCAUAUGCUUCAGGCCAACGGCGGGACAGUUUCGUAUCCUCCCCUUGAUGUCGGUGCUGUGGAUGCAGCUCAUCCUGCUGUUGGGGAUGUGAACCCUAUUGCUGGUGCAGAUGUUGCUGCCGUGACGAUGCCUUACGGAUUUAAUUUUGGUCAUAUUCAAAACAUGAAUGUGAAUCAACAAGCUCCUGCUUAUCUUAAUGAUCAUAUUCCAUAUCAGAAUAUGAAUCAGCAAGCGUUGUUUCACAACCAGGUUCCAACUAACUUUUCUGGUCAUGUUCCAUAUCAGAAUAUGAUGAAUUAUCAAGAGCCAGUUCAAUACCAAGUGCCUGAUAAUGUUUAUGAUCAGAAUCAAAAUGGAUUCAAUGGUUUGAACCAGGGUAUGGGUUUGGAUAUGAAUCAUAAUCUGAGUGAGAGUUUCAGUCAGUAUCCAAAUCUACAUGAUCAACCGUACCUGAACCAAUUGAUGGCACAAACUCAGCAGAUGAGUUAUGCUGAAGAGCUUGCAAGCCUUGCUGCCAUGGACAACAACAACUAUCAACUACCAAGCACCAGUUACAUGCCUUCCAUGGAACUUUCUGCUCUUAACACCAACAACAACCCUUGGCCUACUAGGUUUGGUUUGGAGUGAGUUUUGUUAUAGUUUGCAUUUGUCAGUUCUUCAUUUUAAAAGAUAACAUUAUAUAUGAUGUCUUUGCUAAAAUAUUUCAGUUGUUGUAAUAAUAAUUAAAGGUUUUUUGCCUUUAAAAAAAUAAAUUAUGUUGUUUUCGUUUUUAUAGCGGGUUCGAUCUUUUCUAGUACUUGUGUUUGUGAACAAGAUAAAGUUAGUAUAGACAAAGAUUCGCAUGCCUCCUUAGAGGUACUAAUGGACCCUUAAUCUCUCAUAGGCAAAUACUAAUAAAGUGGCCCAAAUCUUUAAUCACGGACAUGUUGGGAAACAUGGCCAUAUGCAACCUAACGUUUUAGGGACUGGUGAAAACUGGUCGUAACAAUUGAACUGUUCACGCUUUUGCAUGAUUUGGUCAAAACACCAUAUAAUAUUGAGAUUUAUACACACUUGAAACGCUUCUCCAAAGUAAUAGAUCAAAGUUCACGUAAUCCGGUACUACACGUAACAAAACCUAUAAGUGAUGUCGCCAUACAUAGUUGUUCUUGUAAGUUGUAACAACCGAGCAACAAAUAACAAUGUGUUCGUCUAUUUGUGUUAUACACAGAAGUUUGCGCAUGUUUCAAAGAUGACGCCUGCGUUGUUGUUCAUGCAAGAUGGUUGUUGUACGUAACUCAAGCGUAACAUCCACAGUGCAUUUUUUUACCAUGUUUCCCAAGACCGCCAAAAGUCACGGGAAGGUUUACGAUUGGAAAAGAUAAGAACAAAAUGCUUAUUCUUAAAGAUAAUCUCCAAAAAAUUUAGACAAGACCACUUUGAUUAGGAUAUAAAGUAUGAGAAUUAGUUGAGAUUAUACAAAACUGUCGGCCACUAAUAUUGAAUUUGAUGAUUUUUUUAGUUUUAUUAUGAAAUGAUAAUAAGUGUAAAGAGUAAAAAAAGCAACGUCAACAAAUAAGUAUAUAUGAAAAAUACUAGUCAUAUAUACUCAUACGACUCAUGCUAUGGAUAUGUUUCAAGAAUUGAAGAGCAUGUGAGAACGCAUCGUCAUCAACUUCCUACAAACCUGUCCGGUCCUAAAUUGAUUGGGUCGAAACAGUUAAGAACUAAAGUUAAAUUAUUAAUAUAUAUUUAAUUAAUAAAUUUAUUAAUAUAAAAAGUAACUUUUUUUACGGUUACCGCUCAAGUAAUAAUCUCUUAUAUAAUUUAUUAAAUUUUGUUUUCAGUAAUCUAUACAUAUUAACCACUUAAAUUUUAGAGAUAAAAUAACUUUUUUAUAUCGUUACGUUCAUAAUUAGUCUUUUCUGAAUAUUUAAAUAUCCUUAUGAAAAAGAUAUUUGAAUUAGUCUAGCAUUCAGUAAGACUUUUUCACUGUACUGUAUUUGUAGUAUUUUUGUUUUAGAUAUUGACAUCUUAUUUAUUUAUAUAUAAAUUUGGAUGUCGAAAAAUAUAUUUAUACAUUCGAAUUUUGUAACAUAUAGACUACAAAGAGGCUCCAAUAAAUCAUUGAACAAACAUACAAAUGUUUUAUUAAGACAAAAGCUAUUAUGAGACUGAUACAUAUUUGUUAGCAGCAAAACUUAAAAUCUAGUUGAAGAUAUGUUUAACCAGAGAAAAUCAAACAUUAGAUUUAAUCUACAUCGUUGAAUUAUCAAAAAUUUACUAACAAACAAAGCAAGUGGAACCAAAAAAAUUGUGGGUUUAACUAAAUUAAAAAUAAGAAUGUGGUUGUGAGUACUUAAUCUUGUAUAAAAAUAUAGUUUGGGUUUUUCAUUAAAAAUAUGUUUGUACAAUAUCUAUGAUUAGUUGAGUACAUAUAAAAUAACGAUAAAAUAAAAUUAAUAACAUAUACUAUUAUACAAUAUUAAUUUUAUAUCAUAGAUUUGAUUAGUUAAAACGAAAAAAAUAUAAUUGUAAAUACAUAAUUUUGCAGGAAAAGAUAGUUAUCAAUGUAUUCAUUAAUCAAUAUUUAAAAUUACGGCUAUCCUUUUUUAUAAGAUUGUAUUUUUUUGUUCUUAUCGUUUAAUCUAGUCAGACACAUACCAUAUUUUAUGGUUGUAAGAUAUUUGUAUGUGUGUGUCUGACUAGAUUAAACGAUAAGAACAAAAAUACACAAUCUUACAGCCAUAAAAUAUAGUAUUUGUCUGACUAGAUUAAACGAUAAGAACAAAAAUACACAAUCUUACAUAAAAGGAUAGUCGUGAUUUUGAAUAUUUAUUAGCGGAUACAUUUGUAAAAUAUCUACGAUUAUUUG